AUGGCCGAGGCGCCCUUCAACAUCGGCAGUGUCAUCUCCCCGACGUCUCCGUUUGUCUAUCUCGGCCUCCUUUCGACAGUGGCGCAGCGGCUCCGUACCAGAGGCAUCCACUUCAACGCGACGGUCGACAACUUCCCUUGCUACACCGCCAAAGGAGGCUUCCUGUCAAGGAAGGUGACCAUAGUGGCAUCCGUCCUUGGGUCGGUAGCCGUCACCGCCAUGGUGGUAGCCAGUGCGGCGUGCUACUUCAACUCGAGGUAUCGGAGGUGGCACAGGGACCUGGACCAGCUCGCCAAGUCCAUGGAGCGCCUCCCGGGGGUACCCACCAAGGUUGACUUUGCUGACAUAAAAAAGGCCACCGCAAACUUCCACGAGGAGAUGAAGCUCGGUGGAGGCGGGUUCGGCACUGUGUACAGGUGCACGCUCCCGGCCACGGCUUCCAAGAUGAAGCGACCGAUGGACGUGGCCAUCAAGAGGUUUACGCGUGAUGUGCAGAACCACCGCUACGACGACUUCCUCGCCGAGGUCAGCAUCAUCAACCGGUUGCGCCACAAGAACAUCGUCCCCCUCAUCGGGUGGUCAUACAACAAAGGAGUGCCACUGCUUGUGUUUGAGUUCAUGACCAAUGGCAGCUUAGACCAACAUCUCUUCCAAAGAGGCGGCAAUAGCACCAGGCAGCGAAACACCGAUGGCGCCAUCCGGCAAUGGGCAACCCGCUACGAGAUCAUCAGAGGCAUAGCCACCGGCUUGCACUAUGUCCACCACGAGUAUGAGCCCAUGGUGCUCCAUCGCGACAUCAAGGCGAGCAACAUCAUGUUGGACUCGAGCUUCCAGGCCCGCCUCGGCGACUUUGGCCUGGCAUGCACUGUCGCCGCCGAUAGGAACUCUGUCACCGGUGUGGGUGGCACUUGGGGCUACAUCGCGCCAGAGUACCCGGUUUGUCGCAAGGCGACACGGCAAACUGACAUCUACGCGCUUGGGGUGCUUAUCCUUGAGGUCGUCACUGGGCUGCGGGCAUUGGCUGACCACGAGGUGGUGGAUGAUGAUGACAUGCAUAUCACCGAUAGGGUGUGGCGUCUUCACCGUGAGGGGAGGCUACUGGAGUGUGUGGAUGCCAUGCUGACCAAUGGUUCUACUCCAGAGGACGAGGAGCAUCUAAAAAAUACUGGUGAUGUGGAACGCCUGCUCCUCCUGGGCUUGGCCUGCAGCAACCCGAAUCCAUCGGACCGACCAACCAUGCCCGAUGUGGUGCGUGUCAUCACCAAGUCUGCACUACCACCACAGGUGCCUCCUCAGAAGCCAAGAUUUGUGUGGCCGCCGCGGGAAGAGGGACGUUCAGUGGCCUCCGAUGAUGGUAGCACAGAUACAUCUAUGAUGAGUAAUCUCGACAAUAGUAUGAAGCUUGAGUAUUUGUUAUAUCUAAGUUAA